CUCUUGGCCCCGCCCACUGCUUUCUGCGCCUCCAGUGCUGCUGGCCGGAGAUGGGGAGCGCGCGCACAGCAGCAUCACGUCCCCAAGACACGGGAUGAGUCUGGAAGGAAACAUUAAAACCUUUAACACCAAACAGGUGCACUGGAUCCGAAAUGGGAUAAAAGAUUCAAGCUGUUCACUGACGCCGGACUCGAGCGCUUAAACUCGUCCUUAAAACUCUCGUGUUUGGGCUUUUUAAAUAUUUCCUUUAUCUCUGCUGAUACAAAGGCUCUUUCAAGAGAAGCAGCACCUGGGAAUAAAACCGUACAAAUGCACAAGAGUGAACGGAACUGCGUUGUUUAAAAUAAAAGGGCAAAAAAAAAAAACCUGGAGUGACAAGUAAGUGAAGCGAGCAGGAUUAAAACACUUUCUUUGUUUUUUCUUCCUCUCUGUGUCCCCCUGCCAAGACGUCAGUCAUUGUGUCGACGCUGAUUUUUCUUCAUUCAUCUUCACCAGAGAAUUAAAAAAAAAAAAAAAACUGCGGAAAUAAUGCGCAAGAAACAUGAGCUUUAUUGCAGCUUUUUAUUCCCUUUCCUUUUUCUUUCUGACUGAGACGCAGUCUCUUGUUUAGAAUGGGAUUGCUGCGACAAGUGGCGUCAAUUAGGCUCCUGGUUUCCUAAAAGCCUGCGGGAUUUAACUGGACCUGGCCAUUGUUGUCUGUAGUGACACAGGGGUGUACUGCACUCGGACACGGUCCAAACGUGGCACCACACCAGCAGCCCCCCCUUGUGUGUGAACCAGGGUCAUAGGAAAUAAAUUAAGCACAGUAUGGUGGAGCCGGUGGGAUUCAUAGAGGCUUGGAAAGCACAGUUCCCAGAAUCUGAACCCCCCAAGAUGGAGCUGCGGUCCGUGGUAGGCAUUGAGCAGGAGCUGGAGAAGUGCAAAGCUUCGAUUAGACGCCUGGAGCAGGAGGUGAACAAGGAGCGCUUUCGCAUGAUCUACCUGCAGACCCUCCUGGCCAAAGAAAGGAAGAGCUACGACAAACAGCGGUGGGGCUUCAGGAAAACGCCGCUCAACGAGGGGGUAGAUCCUGCAGCGGUGCAGGGCGCAGAGUCCCAAUCCCAGCAGCCCCACAUGCAGGAGACUGGUGGGGUUGGCGUAGCUGGAGGAUAUAUUAGUGCAGGUGUUGGUGAUAGGAGUCGUUUUCAGCCGCUUGGAGAUGGAGCUGGCAGAUCCAAACCAAGACCUCCACCAGCCAGGAAAUCUGCCUCGCACGGCGAUAGCCUGGAGUCUGCGUUUGACGCCCCGCAGCAAGCUGAAUCGACUUCCUGCGACAACCUCGAUGGCCUCUCCCCGUCUAAGCAGAGGGGCGGCAUGUCUGUGUCACCCCGCAGACCUGCCCUUUCUCCCCCAGAAAAGGAGCUGCCCUCUGACCCCAAGGACAAGCUGGGGAUGGGACUUGGUGUGGCAGCACUUAGAUCCAACUUUGAAAGGAUCAAAAGGGCCAACUCUCACUCUACCGGUGAAGCAAAGGGAGGAGAGAGGCAGCUGCCCCCACCGCCACCACCGUUCUAUACCAACAUGGAGUUCCACCACGACAGGGGUUUAGUCCGAGUCAACGAUCGAGAUGUGUCCGAUAAGAUCAGCUCCCUGGGCACUCAGGCCAUGCAGAUGGAGCGAAAGAGAUCCCUCCACUCCCUUCCUGGUAAUCUUGCAACAGUGGCAGGUGAGCUCCGUGCCAGGCCAGUGUACAGAGGAAGGUCUACUGAGAGCACCUGCGGUUAUGAUGCAGAGUAUGAAGAUGGUGAGCCCAACCAGCGGCAUUCAGGGAGAGCCAAUGGUGGAAAACCCCCUCCUCCUCCCUGGCAACCUUCAGAGUUCCAGGCCUACUCCAGCGUCUAUGUUGGUGGGGUGAUGAUGGGUGAAGGUGGAAGUGGAGAUGGUAGAGGAGGAGGUAGUGGGGUCACGAUGAGAGACCAGAGCGGAGGUGAUGAUCACCUCCUGACCUGGCCCCGCCGUUCCUACUCUCCAGGUAGUUUUGAGGACACCGGAGGAGGCGGCGGCUACACGCCAGACUGCAGCUCUAACGAGAACCUGACAUCCAGCGAGGAGGACUUCUCCUCGGGCCAGUCCAGCCACAUCUCCCCGAGCCCAACCACAGCCUUCCGUCGACCGUUCAGAGAGAAGAGCCGCUCGCCGUCCCAGAAUUCCCAGAACUCUCAGCACUCCUACGAUAGCAGCAGCCCACCAACGCCACAAUCCCAGAAGCGCCACCACAGGCAGCAGGGAGGUCAUGUGGUCAUGUCUGAGGCCACUAUUGUGAGUGUUCGCAAGACUGGUCAAAUCUGGCCACCUGCUGCCCAUCAUGACCUCGUGCCCCACGGUAGAGCAUCUCAUGACAACAGUUACCAUGGAGACCACCUAGAUGGUCAUUUCACUGGAACCCCUCCAUCAUAUGGUUAUGAUGCAGAUCGGGCAGAGGAGCAGCGGCGGCACCAUGACAUCCUGCCGUACAUCGACGACUCGCCGUCGUCCUCGCCGCACCUCAGCUCCAAGAGCCGGAGCAGCCGAGACACUCUGUCAUCCGGAUCUCUGGAGUCCUCCAAGUCGACUGAAUGUGACCUGGAAAAAGGUUUGGAGACGAGGAAGUGGGUCCUGUCCGGGAUCUUGGCUACAGAAGAAACAUAUCUCAGUCACUUAGAGGCUCUGCUGCUGCCCAUGAAACCUCUGAAGGCUGCUGCUACGACAUCACAGCCCGUGCUCACCGUGGCCCAAAUAGAAACCAUCUUUUUCAAAGUGCCUGAGCUCUACGAGAUUCAUAAAGAGUUCUACGAUGGACUUUUGCCUCGCGUCCAGCAGUGGAGCCACCACCAGAGAGUCGGGGACCUUUUCCAGAGGCUGGCUAGCCAGCUAGGAGUUUAUCGGGUGUUCCUGGACAACUACGAGCUGGCUGUGGAGACGGCGGAAAAGUGCUGCCAGGCCAAUGCGCAGUUUGCUGAAAUCUCUGAGAACCUGAAGGUGAGGAGCCCAAAGGAUUGUAAGGAAACAGCCAAGAACUCUCUAGAAGCUUUGCUGUAUAAACCAGUGGACCGAGUGACCCGCAGCACAUUGGUGUUACAUGAUUUACUCAAACACACACCCACCAGCCACCCAGACCACCCGCUCCUGCAGGACGCCUUGCGGAUCUCUCAGAACUUUCUGUCCAGCAUCAACGAGGAGACGUCAAGGCGUCAGUCCACAUCUGUCAGGAAAGGAGAGAGCCGCCAACUGUUGAAGGACAGCUUCAUGGUGGAGUUGGUGGAGGGAACCAGGAAGCUGCGACACGUCUUCCUCUUUACGGACCUGCUGCUCUGCGCCAAGCUGAAGAAACAAAUGGGAGGUAAAAACCAGCAGUACGACUGCAAGUGGUACAUCCCCCUGACCGAGCUGACCUUCCAGGGUCUCGAGGAGACGGAGCCUCUCACGGUCCCCCAAGUCCCAGACGAAGAGCUUGACGCCAUCAAGGUCAAGAUCUCACACCUCCGCAGUGAGAUUCAGAGGGAGAAGAGAGCCAACAAGGGUUUAAAAGUUAUCGACCGCCUCCGGAAGAAACUAUACGAGCAGGAGUCUUUGCUGCUGCUGACGUCUCCGAGCAUGCCCCUCAGACUCUACAACAGGAACGGAAAGAGUUACAGCUUCCUGAUUUCAUCGGAUUAUGAACGUGCGGAGUGGAAGGAGAACAUCAAGGAGCAGCAGAAAAAAUGUAUUAAAACACCCUCCUUGACUUCCAUGGAGCUGCAGAUGUUAACCAGCUCUUGUCUCAAACUUCAAACCGUUCACCACAUUCCACUUAGUAUCGAUAAAGAAGGUAAAGAGGAUGAAUCCUCUGGUCUCUUCGGGUCCCUGAAUGUAAUUGUCCAUUCUGCCUCCGGCCUCAAACAGAGCUUAAAUCUCUAUUGCACAUUGGAGGUGGACUCCUUCGGCCUCUUUUCAAAUAAAGCUAAGACGAGAGUGUAUCGGUACACCACCGAACCCAAAUGGAACGAGGAGUUUGAGAUCGAGCUGGAGGGCUCUCAGACCCUGAGGUUGCUCUGCUACGAGAAGAGUUACAACAAGACCAAGCAGAACAAAGAAGACGGAGAGAGCACAGACCGUAUCAUUGGGAAAGGACAGAUACCGCUCGACCCCCAGACUCUUCAAGGCAAAGACUGGCAGAGAACAGUUAUUCCCAUGAAUGGGGUUGAAGUGAAACUAUCCAUAAAGUUCACCAGCAGAGAGUUCAGCCUGAAGAGGAUGCCUUCAGAGAAACCCCUGGGGGUGUUUGGAAUAAAGAUCUCCACAGUGACCAAGCGAGAACGCUCUAAGGUGCCCUACAUCGUCCGUCAGUGCCUGGAGGAGAUCGAGAGGAGAGGCAUGGAGGAAGUGGGAAUAUACCGUGUGUCAGGGGUGGCCACUGAUAUUCAGGCCCUGAAGACCGCCUUUGAUACCAAUAACAAAGAUGUGUCGGUGAUGAUGAGCGAGAUGGACGUCAACGCCAUCGCCGGCACUCUAAAGCUGUACUUCAGAGAGCUGCCAGAGCCCCUCUUCACUGACGAGCUCUACCCUAACUUUGCAGGAGGCAUCACCCUCACUGAUAGUGUUGCCAAAGAGAGCUGUAUGUUGAACUUGCUGCUGUCGCUGCCAGAACCCAACCUGGUCACGUUCCUUUUCCUUUUGGAUCACCUAAAGAGGGUGGCAGAGAAGGAAAGUGUCAACAAGAUGUCUCUUCACAAUCUGGCGACGGUUUUCGGGCCCACUUUGCUCAGGCCAGCAGAGAAGGACAGCAAGAUCCCUACUAACCCCACACAACCCAUCAGCAUGGGGGACAGCUGGUCCUUGGAGGUUAUGGCACAAGUCCAGGUGCUGCUGUAUUUCCUGCAGCUGGAGACAAUCCCCACUCCGGACAGUAAACGGCAGAGCAUCCUCUUCUCCACUGAAGUGUAGAGCUGACGUUCAGUUUGUGUGACCAUCAGGGUGCUCAAAGGGGACGGACCCUGGCUCAAAGUGAGCCGACUAGUUUGUUUUUGAAUUGA